AUGUCUGGUAAUCCUUCCCUACUCAAGGUCGAAACUGCCUAUGGGCCAGUUAUCGGUUUUGAGGAUUCCGGGCAUCCCAACGGCAAAUCAGCUGUCGACCAGAGCAGCCCAAGAUUUCCUGUCAAAAAGUUCUUGGGUGUCCCCUACGCGCAAGCGGAAAGAUGGAAAAGAGCUCAGCCGCCUCCACCAUGGAAGGAGCCACUGGUCUGCCAAGAAUUCGGACCAUCCAUCCCCCAGAUUCACGUUGCCCCAUUCGAUCAGUUUUACAAUCCACCACUUCUCGCCCGGAGGGGGACCUCAAACUCAGAAGAGAAAGGUCUUUCCGUCAACAUAUUUUGUUCGUCUGAUGUGAAAGAAGGCGACAAAGUACCAGUUUUGGCUUGGGUUUUCGGAGGAGGUUUGUUGAAUGGAGCUAGCUGUGUGACGACAUACGAUCCAACGGAAUGGAUUCGACGGGAAGCCGCCAAAGGACACAAGUUUAUCGUUAUCAGUGGCAAUUAUCGGACGAACCUUCUGGGCUUCUUAGCCAGUUCUGAUUUGGCCGAAGAAGAUCCCGAGGGGCUGGCAGGCAACUAUGGUGGUUAUGACUGCAUCUCUUACUUAAAAUGGGUUCAAAAUAACAUCGCCAGGUUUGGAGGUGAUCCUGAUAAUGUCACAGCUUUUGGGGAAUCCGCGGGGGCGUUACUUCUCUCCCAUUUGAUGAUUUGUAAAGAGAAACUUUUCCGACGAGUGAUUCUUCAAUCGGGCGCCGUCCAUACCCUGCCAACGGUAUCAUGGGAAACGCACGAAAACAACUAUCAACAACUGCUCAAAAAAGCCUCGAUCAAGGCAGACAGCGGCUCUGAGCGUUUGAAAGCUUUGCGGAACCUCCCUAUCGAAGACCUCGUGACUUAUCUAUCGGGCUCCAUCCGAGAGGUCGGUUUCGCUCUUGAGAAUACGAGCUCCCCCAACGCGGUCUGGAACCACCCGUGUGUGCUUUCAAGAUUGAAAGAGGGGCAUUGGAGCCCACACAUCGAAUCUGUGAUGAUGGGUGUCUGCAAGGACGAGGGCGCGCUCCUCGCCCACAUGGCCCAAAGUCAUACCCCACCAGGAUAUGCCUUUGUCCAGAUGGAGAUGUUGAAUGGAGUCACCGCGGAUAAAUUGGCUCCGUUAUACCACAGCCCCGUCCAAGCCGAAAUCGAUUCCCCGCCGGAAGGCUCUCCCUUAGAUUUAACCCAGUGUUCGGGAAGUCAGCCUAUCGGUGAUAGGCUUUUCAAAGUCCCCAUGGAGCUCAUGCUCUGCACUUUGGACGAAACCAAGAACUUUGAGACUCAAAACCCAUUGUCGAUUUACGUUUACACCCUAGAAGGGACCGCAAAAGAAACCAAUGUUCCUGGUAGAUUCUUUGGCACUCCCCAUACUAUCGACCUAGUUUUACUCUUCAAUAUGAGCAAUUGUUGGGCCGCGGAUUCCGAAAGUGCCAAGGUUUCAGCGACCCUCGGAAAGACCUGGUACAACUUCGCGAAGGAUGGCUGUCCAGGUUUGAAUUGGCCGCAAUACCAAAGCCAACACUCACCCUACAAGCUCAUUUUCCAACAAGACGGAGAGUGCGGGAUCCAAGAUGUUAGAGAACGGCCGGAGAUUGAGAAGGAGAGGAUUAAGUUUUGGGCCGAAGCCUUGGAUCUGGCCGACUUUUGGGAGCCCCCUGUGAUCGGGAUCUUGGACGGCGCCAGUUCGACUGAUUCAUCCGAGAUGCAUCGUAACAAGUCCAAUCAGAGCAUCUAA